CCAGCGCCGUCGGGUCCCCAGCGUGGGGCGCGUGGGGUCUUGUGUGACAUUCUUGGGUCGGGGAGGACUCGAGGGUGACCGUCCCGCUGGUGUAGGGGCGCGGGGCAGGCGCGUGCGUUUCCGGGUCGCCGAGCGCCGCGGCGCCUGCUGGGACCUGGACCCAGGGUAGGGCCGGGCCCUCGCUUUUGGAGCCGUCCGGGGCGGCAGCCCCAGGUCGCAGCGCCGUUCGCCCGGCCGGCGGCUUCCCUUCCCAGGGGUCCAUCCUGGAGAAAGUAAAUGUUGCAUUACACAGCGUUAUCUGAACUAUUUGAAACCUUAGCAUCGCUCUUUAGCAAUCAAAAAAGAUUUUGCUCAGAUUAAGCUAUGGAACAGGCUGCGUAACUGGGCAGAUCUGCCGUGUCCUCUCCUCGCCUCAGCCCUGGAACAUUAAAAACAGCCCUGAGAACUUGGUGCUGAACAUGACUGUCCAUGCUGCAGAUUAUUGGGACUGGAGGAAGAUAGUUGCCCUUUCUGCCCUACCCCCAGUUAUAUGAUGACUCGAACCAUGGAGCCGCUGGCAAGGAAGAUCUUUAAAGGAGUUUUAGCAGCUGAACUUGUGGGUGUUUUUGGAGCUUAUUUUUUGUUUAAAAAGAUGAACUCGAGCCAAGAUUUCAGGCAAACAAUGAGCAAGACAUUCCCCUUCAUCCUGGAAGUUUAUUACAAAUCCAUUGAACAGUCUGGAAUGUAUGGAAUGAGAGAGAAAGAUCAAGAAAAGUGGUUGGAUAGCAAGAAUUAAGGCCAAUCAUCACGCUCAGCUUCCCACUUGAGCUGUUUGAAGCCUUUGGAGGGGAGAUGAAAGAUGAGUCUAUGCCACUGUGGGCUCGAUCCCCCCCACCCCCCACAGGCCUCCCGAGCUGGACUGCACCUUAGGGUCGCGUGGCCUGUGCUCCCCCCCGCACCCCUGCUGUGUAAACCCGUUGCUGGGUGCUCUCCUGUGUUUUCUAACAUGAGUAUUGGACAAAUGAAAUAAUACGGAAGGCUUAUACUGAAAAGAUUUUUCUUUUCUAUUUUUAUGAAAAAACAGAAACUAAUAACAUCAGAAAUUUAAAAAUGUUUUCAAGCAUAUAAGAGUAAA